CUUGCAGACGAGCGCGGCUCCUGCAAAUCCGGCUUCGCAACGCCGUUUCUGGGCAGAGGGGCUUCUGGCGGGGAGGCAGCUGCCUGGGAACUCCGGAGGUCGGCUUCGCCCGGGUUGGUCCGACGCUGGUUUGCGCUUUUCCAAGAGGCGGUCGGUUUGCUCCGUCGGACACCCCCUACACUGUCAUAGUUGGAUCGGCAGAGAAUGCCCGUGAACCUGGACCCGAACGGAGGAUGAUCCCUGAACAACAAAUCCAUGUUCUGUCAGUGCCAGGGGGGUAAAGGGAACCCCGCGUGGAAUGAGUCCCCGGCAUGGUUUUGCCAGCCGUCUGCGCCAUGCCCAGGGCAACCUCGCCAUUCCUCCUCCUCUUCCUGGUGGUGGGCUGGGCUGGGGGGACGGCGACAGAUGGCCCCUACCUCAGCGUGGGGGACGGCACCGCCAUGGAGUUCGACUUCCCUGAAAACAGCCACGGCAUCUUCGUAGUGUCCUGCCGCUAUCGGGGGCCAGACGCGUGGCUGACGGCGACCUCUCUGGAGCCGACGGUCUUAGUCGUUGAGAACGUCACCGCCUCCUGGGGAGGGGGCUUUGUGGUCACGAUCCAGUCCAGCCUGGCGGGUUUGGCCCCGCUGCAGCUGCAGCUGUUGGAGCCGAGCCGCCUCGUAGAAGAACGGGCGGACUUCCGGAUCCGUGUAUCCGCUAGUGGCUCGGAGCCGUCCCUGCGGUCCGGGUUGGGCCACUUCUCGGAAAACCCGGUCCUUUACGCCCUAUUGCCUCUCAUUUUCCUCAACAAGUGUGCGUUUGGGUGCAAGGUCGAAGUCGAGGCGCUGAAAGGCCUGGUGCGCCAGCCACAUCCUGUGGUGCUGGGCAUUCUGGGCCAGUUUGUGGUCAUGCCCCUUUACGGUUACCUCAUGUCUGUGGCCUUUUCUUUGCCGAAGCCCCUGGCCUUGGGGUUGAUCAUUGCCUGUUCGUCACCCGGGGGUGGCGGUGGCUACCUGUACAGCCUGCUGUUGGGGGGCGACGUGACAGUUGCCAUCUCCAUGACCCUCCUGUCCACGGUUGCCGCCACGGCGCUGAUGCCCCUCUCCUCGGCCAUCUACGGCCGCUUGCUGGGUGCUCACGAGACUCUCCACGUGCCCUUCCUCAAGAUCCUCAUCACCCUCCUCUUCAUCGCGGUGCCCAUCUCGACGGGCAUGCUGGUCAAGUGGAAGCUGCCCCGCCUUUCCCGCCUCUUGCUCCUCCUCAUCAGGCCCUUCAGCUUCACCCUCAUCGUGGGGGGCCUCUUCAUGGCCUACCACAUGGGAGCCUUCAUCCUGGCCAACGUGCAGCUCCCCACCGUGCUGGCCGGCGUCACUGUGCCCGUCUUUGGCCUUCUGCUGGGCUACCUGCUGGCCUGGUGCCUCGGACUGCCUGGGCCUCAGAGGCGGACGGUGAGCAUCGAGAUCGGGGUCCAGAACAGCUUGCUGGCCUUGGCCGUGCUGCAGCUCUCCUUCCAGCGGGCCCAGGCGGAUUUUGCCUCACAAGCACCGUUCAUCGUAGCCCUGAGCAGCACGUCGGAGAUGCUGUUGUUGGUUCUGGGGCAUCUGGUGUACAAGAGACUCUGCUCUGCCGGCUCCUGAGUGCCUCUUGGGAAAGGGAGAGGCGGAUACCAAAGAUGUCGGGCAUGGCCUGUGGGGGAGAUACUGUUACCAAAGGCCUGGCGAAGCCGGGCUUGGGGGUGCCCCCUUCAGAAGGGUGUGUGGGUACCGAGAACUCGGCCUCAGGACCCCUCUGAGGAACGGCUCAGAUACCAAAAAGGGCCUUUUAAAGUUACAGGAAUCCCAGCGGGGGGCUGUGAUGUUGGCAGUUUACAUUACCAGGCCUUUUAAAAAAUAUAUAUCCUUCCCCUUCUCUAAUCCAUUUGUCUUUCUCACCAACGGAAGGUGGCUUGGAGACGAAGAUGUACAGAUUGGGAGGUGUAAAAUGGGGGUGGGGGAUUGGGGUCCCCCCCACCAGGAAU